UCGAGCAUGUGUCGUCACUGGGGGGCGCCGGGCACGACUCAUUGCCCAGGAGGGCUUAGAAGGACCUCGGGGAGUCUCUGCCCCUCUCGUGGCUGCGGGGCUCAUUCCCCGAGCAGGCCCAGCGGCGGCCCCGCUCGCCACACUGUCUCCUAGAUGUGAUGAGAUGAAAGAAAACUGCCGGAAUAGGGCAGCCACGGUGGGGCGGCCGGCACGGGGAGCUCCAUUCCAGGAGAAAAGUUCCUCCAGACGGGCCUGCGUCCCUCGAGUUUGCCUGUGGCGGGAUGCCCAAGGCUGCGCUCUUAGACCCUCAAAGGGCCAAGUUUCCUGUGGGUGCCAGAGGCCGAGGCGGUGACCGGGCAGGUUUCCCCCUUCUGCCCCCGACACAGAGCCCUCCCCUCCCUGGGCCUGGGGCAGUCUCUGCCACUCAGCCCCGUUUGUGCUUGGCGUGUGCGCCCGUUUUUCACCCGCUGGCCUACGUCUGCAGGACCAGACCUCCGCCGGGUCGCAGCGAAGACCCUGAGAGGAAGCUCGGCUUCGGCUUUGGAUGGGGGGGGGGGUGGCCUCGAGAGUUCGACCCGGCCAUGUGGCCCGCCAGGGCCUGGCAGCGGGAGCCCGACGUCUUCCGGCUGAGAUCAGCCCGUGUGAACGCGAUGGCACAACUGGCAUCCCCGCCUCACCGACUGGUUCUCCGGAACCUCGUCCCGGCCCGAAGGCCAGCCCGACGGCUCCCCUCGGAAGUCCAGCCGACGUCUUCUAACGCACACUUCGGGGUCCCCAUCCUGAAGCCCAUGGACCUGAUGGUGGAGGCGAGCCCCCGCAGGAUCUUCGCCAACGCGCACACCUACCACAUCAACUCCAUCUCCGUCAACAGCGACCACGAGACCUACCUGUCUGCGGACGACCUGAGGAUCAACCUGUGGCACCUGGAGAUCACCGACCGGAGCUUCAACAUCGUGGACAUCAAGCCCAUCAACAUGGAGGAGCUGACCGAGGUGAUCACGGCCGCCGAGUUCCACCCGCAUCAGUGCAACGUCUUUGUGUACAGCAGCAGCAAAGGCACCAUCCGCCUGUGCGACAUGCGCUCCUCCGCCCUGUGCGACCGGCACUCCAAGUUUUUCGAGGAGCCCGAAGACCCGAGCAGCCGCUCGUUCUUCUCCGAGAUCAUCUCCUCCAUCUCGGACGUGAAGUUCAGUCACGGCGGCCGCUACAUGAUGACCAGAGACUACCUGUCCGUCAAGGUGUGGGACCUCAACAUGGAGAGCCGCCCCGUCGAGACCUACCAGGUUCACGAGUAUCUCCGCAGCAAGCUUUGCUCCCUCUACGAGAACGACUGCAUAUUUGACAAGUUCGAGUGCUGCUGGAACGGUUCCGACAGCGCCCUCAUGACCGGCUCCUACAACAACUUCUUCAGGAUGUUCGACAGAAGCACCCGGAGGGACGUCACGUUGGAGGCCUCCAGGGAGAGCAGCAAGCCGCGCGCCAUCCUGAAGCCCCGCAAAGUGUGUCCGGGGGGCAAGAGGAAGAAAGACGAGAUCAGCGCAGACAGCCUGGACUUUAACAGGAAGAUCCUGCACACGGCCUGGCACCCCCUGGACAACAUCAUUGCUGUGGCGGCCACCAACAACCUGUACAUAUUCCAGGACAAGAUCAACUGAAGAGCUCGGCUCCUGCCUCCGGAGCGGCCGCUCUUCUGUGAAACGAGGCGCCCUCGCCCCCCGCGGCCCGGCCUGCCUCCCCCGGAAGCUGGGCUGACAGACGGUGCUCGGCGGGGGCCGACCUGCAGGCCGGAGGAGGGCUGCCCGGACUGCCCUCCCAUCUCCGCCGUCCCCCGGGGGCCUCUCGGAGCCCGUGUUCAUGCCCAGAAAACCCCUCCUGGUCCAGCCCUGGCCCAGCGGAGGCGGCUCUCCCGCCGGCUGCUCGGGGGGCCGAGGCAGGCCAUCCCGCCGCCGCCCCCACCCGCUGGCGGAGCCACUUAAUAAAAGUGAGAAGCUGUAAACAAAGCGUGUUUUUCGGUCUGCCAGUCCGAGUCCCUCUUCGCUGUCUCUCCCUGCGGUCUUCGAGCCUGCGUGGGGCGAUCCCGAGGGGAAGACGUGCCCGUCUCUGUCCCGAGUCACCGGCACAACGGGGCCUGCGGGCUGGCCUUGGGCGGGGGCAGGGGGUGUCGCUCCUCAGCAGGAUGGAGCAGCUCCGGCCAGCGAGGGCGUCCCAAGUCGCUGCUGCUUGUCCCGGGCGUGCGGGGCCUUCCCUCCUCGGCGAGGGCGCCCGGCGGCGCUACUGGGUUUUAACCUUUUUAGGACUUGGGGGUGGGGGGUCUGCGGUUAGGGUUUGGGUACAGUUAUCUGCAUGCCGAAUUUCGUAUUGCAACUCGGGCCGCCACGCCACCAGGACAGGUUCCCAGUUCCAGUGGACGACCGGAUCCUGCAGAGGCGUUGGUCCGUCCCCAGAGUAAUCGGGGUACAGGGCGCACGGGGGGGGGCGGGUGCUAAAUGCUGCCAGGGCCUCCCGGGGGACGGACGGGAGCCGCAGCUCGGGCUAAAUGAAGCGGGGAGCCCCCCCCGGGGCCCUCAUGAGGCGAGACGAGAGGAAGAACUUGCUCCCGAGUCUCCUGGUCGGGGCGCAGAUCCUGGGUGCGGAGCCGGGUCGUGGGCGCCGCGGCCCCCUUGGUCCUCCUAUUGCAGUGCUCACACGUGGGGUUGUAUAUACUUGUUCAACUAUUUUGGUCAAAAAGUUUAAUAAAUUUUAAAUGUUAAG